UAAUAUCGAUAGUUCGAUAUAAAUAAAUAUUCGACAUCCCUACAAUUUUCGCUCAUUGUUCGGUUGUGGUGUCAUUUUUUUAGCGAAUCUGUUGGCAAUUAAACAAACGCGGAGUGAAGGACGACCCAACACUCUCAAUUAUGUGCGCGUAGUUAUCAAAUAUCAAGUCCAGUGCUGCUUGUAACAUCGCCGCCGCCCACUAAACGGAAAUUGCACGGAUUUUUCAUCAAUUGAUAUAGUUUUUCGAACAAGUCGUUGAUGACCAUCAUCCAUCCCAGCAGCCCAACAGCCCACGCCUUCAAUUCCAGCGCCGGUCGUCUAUUUUAGAAAAUGGCAGUCAAGUAGCAGGACGACUGGACAUCUAGAAACAUUAAAAAUAAUUUAAUUAAGAGCCGAGUAACCCUAACAAUCCUCACCCUCAGUCCCAGGAAAAGAGUCUCCAUCACACGUUCGGCCAAUACCCAGGACACCUUUUUAGAUACAGCUCCCGUGGAAGGCAACAGACAACAGACCACGGAUUGUUGGCCAAGAAUUGAUGACAUUGCUCGGGCCUAGCGCCCCUGGAAUGGCCUUUAUGAUGAAAAAGAAAAAGUACAAGUUCAAUGUGGAAGUACAGCUGCAGGACCUGGUGGAGGUGGCCCUAGUUAAUGAGGUGUUAUUCGCAAAGAUUCGACUCCUUGAUGGGGGGUCUUUCCAGGAGUACAGUAGUCGGGAGGAGGUGCGGAACCAUCGCGUCGAGUGGAACCGCAGCUUCGAGUUUCCCUGCAAAAUGAGUGCGAAUGCCUCAACCGGCGUCCUGGAUCCCUGCCACCUACGGAUAUCGAUACGCAAGGAGAUGAAGGGCGGUCGCAGCUACUACAAGCUGGGCUUCAUCGACCUCAACCUGGCCGAGUUUGCGGGCGCCGGCCUCACCUCGCGGCGCUUCCUUCUCGAGGGCUACGACCUGCGCCAUCGCCUGGACAACUCGAUGCUGCGCGUGAGCAUCAAGAUGCACAUGUUGAGCGGUGAUAUUCUAUUCAAAGCGCCUACCCCCAGUCUGAAGAGCAAGCAGAGCAAGCCUUCCAUGGAUGACAUAACCAAUGCAGCCACUGGAGUUGGCCUGCAAACGCCGACGGCCAGUGCUCUGCCCACUUUUGGGGCCGGCAGUGGCGGAUCGGCGGUUCCACUGGGAGGCAGUGGCGCCACUUUGGGCGGGGUCGCCAGCACCCAGGGGAUGCAGGCAGCGCGGACAGUUUCAAACACAAAGGAAGAGGAGAUCGAUAGGGAGUUUUUCGCGGCUAUUGUGACAGACUCGGGGCUGUCAGAGUCUUCGGAGUCGGCGGUAACGCUGACCACCGACAAUCUACAGCAGCAUGCGUCUGCGUCGAACGCCACCACUCCGGUGUCCCAGGCUGCUCCCGGCCUGGGGAUUAUUGGCAGCAAUAACUAUGGUACCACAGGAGCAGCAGUCGGGUUCUCUGGUAAUGUGGUUAGCACCGCCAACCUAAUGGAAAUAGGUCAUUCGCGAAAUUCCAGUAAUACUAGUCAAAUGUCGAAAGGUUCGGGCUACAGCAGCUUCUCCCACAGUCAACAUUCGCGGCAGAGUUCCGAGGGCGACUCGGGGCAUGCAAGUCGUUUUAGAAAAUCCGUUUCUCUACUCAAUAGACUUAAUCAGAAGGCACUAAAUGCCAUGAAACUGAACAUACCACACGGUCGCCAUCACGGGCCAAAGAACCCGGAACCCCAGCAGACCCGGCCCGUGGUGGCGGCUCCACACAGUCACGUCCAGACCAAGUUCACGCUCAGCACCACCGUUGAGUACGUUAGCGAGGAGCAACUGUACGCGACUCCCAACUCCACCAUGGCGCCCGGAGACUCGCUGGCCUUUGAGGAGUUUCGCACCCCGAUGGGGGAGAUUGCGGCCCCGCAGUUCUUACCGCUUGCCGGAGGAGGAGGCGUGGCGACGCCAGGCUCCACCUACCGGAGUGCCGGGUCACCGUCCCAUGCCACCCAGUACGACAGUGGGGAGACGAGCGACACUGAGGAGUCUCUGCACGAAGACUCGGGGGACAACGACUCGGGCCUCGAGGAGAACUAUCACACUCCGCGGGUGGCCAAGAUCAAGUCCAUGGAGAAUCUCUCCAUUCUAGAAAUGGAAUUCCACAAGGCCUCGAUGGAGCUGGAUCGUAACUCGCCGCGGCGCCUCAAGCAGCUGGCCGAGCACGCCCAAAUACCCAAAAUCAAAUCUCUGAACAACCUGUGUUUCGACGAGUACGCCGAGCAGGCUGUACGCGAGGAGUUCCAGCGGAUGCACGAGCAGUCGCUGGAGGAGCGGCUGCGCUUCCAGCAGCACCACAAUCUGCGCAAGAACUCGACCACGUCGAACGGUUCGUCCGGAAAGCUGUUUGUGAAGCACGUCAGCCACCAGAGCCACCACCACAUCAAGGUGGGGAAUGCAAAGUUCAUCGGCCAGGACGGUGGCGAUAGUCCGCAGACGCCGCACUAUCCCAUCCAGAAGAUGCGAUCGAUGGGCACCAUACCGGACAUCGUCAGUGAGCGCAUUGAGGCGGAUCCCUUCCUGACCCCAACGACAGAGCGAAAACCGAAUUUCCCCCGCCUCAUACAGUCGGCGGAGAAGCCAUCGGCACUGGGCCACAGCACCGUGAAUCGUCUGCUUAGCUAUGACGUUGUUGACUCCCCGGUGGAGUCCAUGGCCAGUUCAGUAACCUUUAUAUCGCGAACACCGUUCGAGCGGGCCUACCGGCGCAACAUCCUCCAGGGCACGUCCUCGACACCCCUGCCGCCCCAGGAAGCGUUCGUGAUGCGGCCGCACUCCACCAACUCCACAUACGAACUAAUGAGAGGCUUCAGUGGAGUUCCUCGUCGACUUUUCGAUAGCAGCAACAAUGGUCACAACUGUGGCAACGUUAACAAGCAGCAGCAGACUGGUGCUUCCGGGUGCACCAGUUCCUCGCCCUGCGGCACCCUGGCCAGCAUCCAUUCGAAUCACUCGGCCUCCUCGUCGAACGGCAGCAACAGCAGCCACAGCGGAGCAGUUAUCUUUCAGUGCACCACCGGGAGUGGUCAGAGCGUUGUGGACUCGGCCUCCCAGCAGACCCACCAGCAGCAGCAGCAGCAACAGAUGACGGCCAGUUCACCCAAUGGCCACGACAGCAGUCCCCGGCUGGGCAAUGUCAUGUCGAGCGAUGCCAUCGGCUCUCUGGCUGCCAGUCCUACGGACGCCUGCAGCAUCCGCUCCAAUCCGUCGGCCGCGUCCCUUUUGCUAUCCACGUCUGCAGCUGCCGCCGAGGCGUCCGCCCUAGCCUCGGCCACCACCAUGUCCGUAUCAGGAGCAACGCUUUCGCCGCUGGCCACCACUCAGAUCAUUCGCCGCCCAAGCAUCACUCUGAUGAAUCCGAGUUCCGGUUCUUUAGUUAUAAGUGAAACAGGAUCUUUAGAUCGCACGAAAAGCAGCGGCGAGAAGCGCAAGAAAGGGCCGCUGGAGGACGGGCCCCGGGUCUCGGACAGAGUGGAGGAGACGCGGGUCAAUCCAAACUCAUUAAUAGAUGAGAUUUUAAGUGAUACAAAGCUGGACCAAUUUGAAGAAUCAGCAGAAACCUCUGGCUUGCAGCUAUAUAUCGCACGUGAUGGAACCGCCUCGUUGGGGGGUCACGAGGUCAAGUCGAGCGUCCGAGCGGGAGCUCUGAAGCAAGUGGUCAUGCAGGAUAGAAGAUAGUAGUGUCGCCGGCUACGAACUGUUUUAUAAAAUGUAUUAGAAGACUAACUCAGAAAGUAACAGCAUAAACCAUAACGAACUAAUCGCAGUAGUUUAGGAUAUGCAAAUACGUUAACUUGCAAACUGAUGUGAGAAUACAAAUACGCUAUAUAUAAUACUAUAUAAAUGUAUGUCGUGUCAACACCACUAGUUAUAUACGCUUGUAUUCCGACGUGCAUAAACGACGUGUGUAUGUUUUAUAGAUUUGUUAACUGGCAGUAGUCAACAAGAUUGCUAAUUGAUGCGCUCUCUAUUAAUAGCCCUGGAUCUUUUGGGAAUGUUGCACCACAAAAA